AUGCCGGUAGUCGACGAAACAGGCAGCGGCGCUGAGCUUUCAUCGGUGAAUGCGCCGACUACCAUCCCGGAGGAACCGACACCCGUCUCGCCAGCCUCGCCCCCCAUCCCCCUGGAAUCGGAGGAAACCGACGCAGCUCAGCAAGUGAAUCAAACAACGCAGCAGCAAACUAAGCAGCCAGUAGGCCGCUUCAUCGAGAACAUCUCCACCGAUGGCUCCCGCGCUUCUGCCGAGGACGACGCCGAUGCUGAACCCAAGCAGGUCGUCGCAGCGUCGCAAGACACUCCAGAGACGCAGAUGAGGCAAGCUCGCUCCAUCAAGCCAGCCUCGAAUGUGCUUCGACGAGGAUCAAAGAAAAAGACAGCUCAGUCAGAUAGAAUAGACACUACAGCUUCGACCUCUCAACCUACACAGCCCACACACGGACACGAUCAGUACGUUUCGCCGAGCACGGAAGGCAGCACUCAAAAGGCAAGUCCGCAUCCCAACGAUCUCAGCUCGCCAUCAGACGAAAGUGGGCACCACAACAGGGCUUUCAAGAAGGUCAAAGGCGGGGGAUCCGAUGCGCAAGAGGACGCCAAGCAGGAGGACGACAACGACCACGAUCAUGAUGACGAGGAGCAUCCCAUCCUGGCAGCGCUCUAUCCCCUGACCAACUUCAUCGGCUAUAGACCGCUCUCGCACCCUCAUACGCCGUCCGAACGACGCCGAACGCCCAAGCAUCCCAAAUUCAAUCGCUUCCACUACAUCUGCGGCUGCAUCUUCAGCCUGGGUUUGCCAGUGUCCGGUGACACGGGAGAGAUCGCUAGAUACCGCGACCCUCACACGGGCGAGAUCGAGCUCGUUCGCAUGUACAAACAUCAAGUUGGAGCCAAGAUUGUCAACUCGAUCCACUCUGUCAUCGCUGCCUGGGUCCUCAUCGCCCUUCUCAGCCUGGUCAGCAGAUCACCCUUCCAUCGAGCUCACGAUGCGCCUCUGAUCAUCGGUGCGUUUGCUACCGAAGCCGUCGUCACCUUCUUCGCCUUUCGCACUCCUCUAGCUCAACCGAAGAACAUCUUGUUCGGAAACACCAUCUCUGCAGUCAUGGGUGUUGCGAUGGAAAAGGCAUUCGCGGGGACCAACUACAGCGUAAGCGGAGUGUAUGGAAUCGAUUGGAUCGCUGCGGCUACAGCGGUCAGUGCGGCCGUGUUUGCGAUGCAGAUCUUUGGAUUCACGCAUCCGCCGGGUGCAGCUAUCGCGCUGUUGGCUAUUACAGAUCAGAGAACGCACGAUUUGGACUGGUGGCUGGUUCCGGUUGUUAUCAUCAGUACCCUGAUUGUGAUUGGAUGGGCCUUGAUCAUCAACAAUGUUGGUGGGAGGAGGUAUCCGGAAAACUGGUUCUAUAUGAACGCGUUCGCGGAGCCUCCAAUUAUUGGACCGGAGAAGCUGCCGUUCAGCAACUCGCCCCGCUACGCAGCAGCAGCAGCAGCAGCAGCAGCAGCAGCAAACGGCAUCGUCGACGUCAGCAACCGCACCCGCUGUGGCGGCUGUUCCGGUCGCACAGCCUGCACCGUCGGCAUCGACGCACAACGCAACAUCAACGACAGCAGCUGUACCACCACCAGCCGCUUCUACCUCUGUCGCACCUGCAGCCCCGGAGGUCAAGUCCAGGAUGAUCGAAACCGACGCGACGCUGAUCUCUCGAAACAACUCGAAGAGCAGCAAGAAAAGCAAAAGGUCGAUCGUCGUUCACGUCAACGAGAACAGAAGACACUCGACUGGGUCCGGCUCAACGAGCAAGAUCCCUCCCGUUCCAGCGGUGCAGUGGCGAGGUCCGGAGUAGGUUCCCGCUAUCUGGAGAAUGAGUUGCCAGCUGUGGACGACAUGUGA